CCGAUCGCAGUGGCAAUUGGCGAGUCGCGUGCAUCGCGCGCCCUUCAAACCACGAAUUGACGGCCCGGAUCCACCCCCCGCCUUUCGACCUGUCUGCCCCGUCUUGGCCCAUUCAAUUCCUGGGUCAAUCAUGGUUUACUUUUAGAUUGGAACCGGCAGACUCCUUGAUAUUUAGUUGGUUGUUGUAUCGGUCCUCGUUCUGUCGUAUAUACCCGUAACACGUUCGUCCGACUGCCUCCCUCCCUCGCCGUGCCGUUCUUGUGCGCUUGUCAUCGCCGCACCUCGAGGAUGCCUUUCCUAUCAUCGGACGAUGUCGAUUCCGGAAGCUCGCCAUCGCGGCUCCCAACCAGCGCUCCCUCGUCUCCGCCACCCGCGUCUCCGACGAGCCCAGCCUCCUCGAAGCCCAAGAUGAGCUACACCAAGCUGCGAGAGGAGCAGAUCCUCGCCGCUGAAGAGGAGAAGGCCCGGGAGGAGAAUAACAAAGCCGAGGAGAGGCGCAGGAAGAAAUGGAAGAAGCGCACGCUCAGCAAGGAGGAACGCGAGGCCAAAGCCAGGGACCUGGACGAGCUGCUCGCCCAGAGCGCUGCCUUCAGCAGCAUCCUCACCAACAAGACAAAGGUGCUGGGCCGCGUGGGCACCAGCCUAGACGGCAAGACGCUUGGCGAGCACGACUUGACCAUGGCGAAACAGCCAAAGUGCAUGGUUGGCGGCACCAUGAGGGACUACCAGCUCGAGGGCUUGACUUGGAUGUAUGAGAUCUGCAUCCAGGGCAUGAGCGGGAUUCUCGCGGACGAAAUGGGCUUAGGCAAAACGGUUCAGACAAUCUCCUUGAUUGCCCUGCUCCGCGAACAGGAGAGCUACCUCGGGCCGCAUCUCAUCGUUGCCCCCCUGAGCACCCUGUCCAACUGGCUGGACGAGUUCCACCAAUGGGUCCCUUCCAUCCCUGUGGUCAUGUACCACGGCACGCCCCAGCAGCGCAACGAAAUCUUCAAGACCAAAAUCCAACGCCACCUCCGCGGCGGGAGGCCCACCGACAAGUUCCCCGUGGUCUGCACCAGUUACGAGAUGGUCCUCAAGGACCGUGCCGCCUUGUCCAAGAUCAACUGGGAGUUCAUCAUCAUCGACGAGGGACACCGCAUGAAGAAUUUCGACUCGAAGCUGUUCCGCGAGCUCAAGUCGUUUACUUCGGCCACACGCCUCCUGAUUACCGGCACGCCGCUGCAGAAUAAUCUCAAAGAGCUAUGGUCUCUACUCAACUUCCUGCUGCCCAAGAUCUUUCGCGACUGGGAGGCCUUUGAGAGCUGGUUUGACUUCAGCGAUCUCGAAGACGAGGAGGGCACCGAAGAGUUCAUCGCCGACAAGACCAAGCAGGAGCUCGUCAAGAAGAUGCACAUCGUGCUUCAGCCGCUGCUCCUACGCAGGGUGAAGGCCGACGUGGCAAAGUAUCUUCCAAAGAAGCGCGAAUACGUCCUAUAUGCGCCCAUGACGAAGGAGCAGACGGAUCUGUACAAUGUCAUCAACGACAAGAACAUUGACACGCGGGUCUAUCUCGAGAACAAGGUAGUCGAGCGGCUCACGGGGACGACCACCAGCAAGGCGUCGUCCCCCGCUCGCAGCACUCGCUCGUCGAGGUCCAGCAGUGUGAAAAUGGAGCCGGACACGGACGAGGAUACUGCAUCAACCAAAGCCAAGCUUUCCUGCCCGCCAGCUAAGAAUGCAUUCGCAUUGAUGAUGGGCAAGCUGCGCGCCCACGGGCCACCAGCUAAGCCUACCGCGACCGAAAAGCAGCCCUCGCCAAAGCUAGCAACAAAGGAGGCCAAGAGGAAGGUUCCACCCACGUCGGAGUCGCCAGCUUCAAAGAGGGCAAAGUCCAGCAGGCAGUCAACCCCAGCCAGCGCACGUGGUCGAUCUUCGAGAGGGAGGAAGGUGUACAAGGAGGCCGAUUCGGAUGAUGACUUGCUGGAUGACGACGAGUUUGAGGCGAAGCUGGCCAGUGAGAUCGGCGAGGCGGAGACUGACGAUUCUGAGAGCAUUCUUGACGCGGAGGAAUUUGAGCGGGUACAGACCCUAGAGCUGGCCAAACGAGAAAUCGCAAACAAGAAGCUUGGCAACCCGCUUUUGCAGCUGAGGCUCGUCUGCAACAGCCCGCACAACUUCUACAACCCCUGGGUGGCCGAUGCCAACAUGCCGGUCGACGAGAGCAUCGUGACCGCGUCAGGGAAGAUGCUGCUGCUCGACCGGCUCCUCCCGGAGCUCUUCAAGCGCGGUCACAAAGUGCUCAUCUUCUCGCAGUUCAAAACACAGCUCGACAUUCUCGAGGACUACUGCACCGAGCUCCGUAAGUGGCGUGUCUGCCGCAUCGACGGCGGCGUGUCGCAGGAAGACAGGCGGGCGCAGAUCCACGAGUUUAACCACAACCCGCGCCUCAAGAUCUUCCUGCUCUCGACACGCGCAGGCGGGCAGGGCAUCAACCUCGCGAGCGCCGACACCGUCAUCCUGUUCGACAGCGACUGGAACCCGCAGCAAGACCUGCAGGCGCAGGACCGGGCGCACCGCAUCGGCCAGACGCGGCCCGUCAUCGUGUACCGGCUGGCGACGAAGGGCACUGUCGAGGAGGAGCUGCUCAUGAGCGCCGACGCCAAGCGCCGGCUGGAGAAGCUGGUCAUCAAGAAGGGCGGGUUCAGGACGAUGGGGCAGAAGAUCGACAUGCGCGAGGACCUGGACCGCGAGACGCUCAGAGCGCUGUUGCUGAAGGAUGGGCUGGUGUACAAGUUCUCAGGAGAUAAGGAGGUGUUGAGCGAUGAGGAUUUGCGUGUGCUGUGCGACCGGAGCGACGAGGCCUACGAGAGGGCGGCGGUCGGCGAGGGCGACGCGGAUGGCUACAAGGUCAUUGAGACGGGCGCAAGCGGGAUCAAAGUGCCGGGAAAGGCAUAGGCGCGUUUCUCAGGACAAACCAUAGAGUCGGCGUCUGAUCUGUGAGUUGCGAGCGAUGUUUCUGUCACCCGAUAAUUGGAUGAGCAUGAUCUGUACUGAUCGGACUGGGCAAU